ACGUUGCAACAUAUUUAUAUGUCAAUGUCAAUGUCGUUGGUCUAAUAUAUCUUUUAAAUCUAUGGUCUUUUCUUGUUGACGGGUAAAGAGAAUAUCCAUCCAAGAUGGGUAAGAUUAUGAAACCUGGGAAGGUAGUGCUGGUCCUCAGUGGCCGGUACGCGGGCCGUAAAGCCAUCGUCGUGAAGAACUACGACGAGGGCACGUCAGAAAAACCUUACGGUCAUGCCUUUGUCGCCGGUAUCGACAGGUACCCCAGGAAAGUGCACAAGAGGAUGGGAAAAAACAAAAUCCACAAGCGCUCUAAAGUCAAGCCCUUCGUUAAGGUCGUAAACUACAACCACCUGAUGCCCACAAGGUACUCUGUAGACUUCAGCUUUGAAAAGUUCAGCGCAAAGGACUUGAAAGACCCCGCGAAACGCAAGAAGCUUCGUUUCAACACAAGAGUGCGCUUUGAGGAGAGAUACAAGAGUGGAAAGAACAAGUGGUUCUUCCAGAAGCUUAGGUUCUAAGGUGUACUUUAAAUAAAAAAUUUAAAAGCAA